GAGGCCCACCGUUUAAUCUCUGUUUGUCUGCCUGUGUUCUGGUCGUCAAAUAUCAAUCUCUGCACCAUGUCAUCACCCACGCCAGAUCCGGAGACGUUACAUGCCACGCCCGUUGAAUCGGCAGCAGUCGACGCCAGGAUUCACCUCGCACACGGACAGAUGAGAAGUGCGUCAUCAAAACCACGAUUCAACCCACCGUUUAACCCUUCUGUGUGUGACACGUUCAGCAAGCUGAAGGAUGUGUCUGCCGUCCUGGUGCCGUGGCGCGUCUUCCACAAGAGACCAGACUGUCUGCACAGCGCGUUCCGCUACCACCACGGACAGAUCGUCUACAGCGACGAGGUGAACGUUCUGAUGGAGGCCCCCAUGCUGAAUCCUUCCAGUCUAGGUCGUCUUGAUGACUUCACUCAGACAUGGUGA